CAGGACUUUAAUCCAAGUCGGAGUAGGGGAGCGAACGCACCAAGGAACAGGGAGGCAGCGCGCACACUUCCAGGACCGGAGCGGAGUUCUCGUCGUUUGCUCGUCUACCGACUGUGAAAAUGAUUCACUGCGCGCUGCGGGUGUUGUACCUGUCGAUCCUCGUGUCGUUCGCCGCCUGCAACGCUCCUCCCGUACCGUUAGACGACAUCCUCAUUGAGAAAACCUUCGUGCCAGAGCAGUGUGUGCGCGCAGUCAAAGUUGGGGACUAUGUCAGGUAUCACUACAUCGGCAUGUUCCCGGACGGCAAGAAGUUCGACUCCAGCUACGAUCGUGGCAGCACCUACAACGUGUUCGUGGGCAAGAAGCAGCUGAUCGAGGGGAUGGACAAAGCUCUGGUCGGGAUGUGUGUGAACGAGCGAAGGCUGGUGAAGAUCCCGCCACGACUCGCCUAUGGGAAACAGGGAUAUGGUGACAUCAUCCCUCCCGACUCCAUCCUCCACUUCGACGUGCUGCUGCUGGACGUGUGGAACCCGGAGGACGGCGUGCAGGUCAAAACCUACCACACGCCCCCCACCUGCUCCAGGAAAGUGGAGGUGUCCGACUUUGUGCGCUACCACUACAACGGCACGCUGCUCGACGGGACGCUCUUUGACUCCAGUCACACCCGCAUGCGCACCUACGACACCUACGUCGGGAUUGGGUGGCUGAUUGCUGGUAUGGACCAGGGCCUGCUGGGAAUGUGUGUUGGGGAAAAACGCAUCAUCACUAUGCCUCCAUCACUGGGAUACGGAGAGAACGGAGACGGCAGCGACAUCCCUGCACAGGCGUCCUUGGUGUUUGAUGUGGUACUUCUGGACCUGCACAACCCCAGAGAUGGGAUCGCGGUGACCAAUCAGCAAGUGUCCGAGUCCUGCACCAGGAAGACCGUGGCUGGAGACUUCGUACGAUACCACUACAACGGCAGUCUCCUGGAUGGGACAUUCUUUGACUCCAGCUACUCCCGUAAUCGUACCUAUGACACCUACGUGGGUCGAGGCUAUGUGAUUGCCGGCAUGGACGAGGGACUCAUUGGAGCCUGUGUGGGAGAGAGGCGCACCAUCACCAUCCCACCGCAUCUGGCCUACGGGGAGGAGGGAACAGGUACUAAAAUCCCGGGUUCGGCUGUGCUGGUGUUUGACAUUCACAUCAUCGACUUCCACAACCCCUCAGACAACACCGUGGUCACCGUGACUCACAAGCCAGAGCUGUGUGAUAAAGUAACGAAGAAGGGAGACUUCAUCAAAUAUCACUACAACGCCUCUCUGAUGGAUGGCACGUCCAUCGACUCCACGCAUAAUUAUGGAAAGACCUACAACGUAGUCCUGGGAGCCAACCAGAUAGUGCCCGGCAUGGAGGACGGACUCAUGGACAUGUGUGUGGGAGAGAAAAGACACCUUAUCGUCCCUCCUCACUUGGGCUACGGAGAGCGAGGAGUCACCGAUGAAGUCCCAGGCAGUGCCGUGCUGGUGUUUGACAUUGAGCUGGUGGAGAUGGAGGAAGGACUUCCUGACGGCUACAUGUUCAUCUGGAACGACGACGUGUCUCCGGACCUCUUCGCCGAAAUGGACCAUAACAAAGACGAGCAGGUGGAGCCCUCAGAGUUCACCGACUACAUCACGCGGCAGGUUAACGAGGGCAGAGGCCGUCUGGCCCCCGGCUUCGAUCCCUAUCGCAUCAUCGACAACAUGUUCUCCAACCAGGACAGAAACGGAGACGGAAAGAUCACAACGGAGGAGUUCAAACUCAAAGCAGACGAAGCCUCUGCCCACGACGAGCUAUGACGGGACUGAGGGUCAGAACUCGGGCCGGGGAGUUGGGGAAAGGGUCAGUGAAGGUAACUUGUGUGUGCAAGUGUGGGAGGAGAUUUAGCUUUUUUACAUGAGCAAAAGGUCAAGAGGCCAAAUAAGAAGAAAGUGAGGAUUUACGGAGGUUAUUUUGUGGGUUUAAAAAAAUGUUUGACAAGAACUCUGGUGAUAGUUAACAACUUUUUUUUUUGUUUCUGUCAUUGAGUUCUUAAUGUGUUUUAUGUAACAUGCUUUUAAAGACACUCCUGUUUAAGAACAAACCAAGACCUCACUCCACAGUCUCUACAUUUAACACUGCUGUUGUGCGUGAAACUUUUUUCACUGGGUAUCGACAGCAGCCGUUCUUUGGGUCGGCCGCUUGUACCGUAUAGUUUUUUUUUUGUUCUUUAUCAAAACGUUGCUUGUUGUUUCGGACUUUGUGCUUUCGUGUGCAUGUGUGUGUCCGUGCGAGAGAGCAGUGUGUGUGAAUGUGUGCGAACACUGAGGUUUGAUGAUUCAGUGUCAGAGCAAAGUUUGAUUUGUUUGUUUAAAUAAAGCGACCUGACCUAAAAUAAAUGACCUGACAUGA